UGCCAAAUGUCGAUAUUAUGAAAUAACAGGCACGUAUUUCUAGGCGCAACUGACGUAGGGAGGCGUAACGAGGCGACAGAUAUGUGAUGUAAAUCGUGAAUUUUAAACACCUACAAAGUGUCAAAAAUAGCCUCAGUGUGUUUAGUUUUCCGAGUUUUUUAGUAUUUGCUGUAGCACGUCAAUAUGGGAAAUUCUGGGUUGAAACAGCAUUACGAAACUGCAAAAAAGACUGGUGUAUUGAAGAUUUCUGAUGGAUUGGGUGAUUUUCCAGCAGGAUUUAAGCAGUUGGAGCCUCACCUUCGAGUACUAGAUCUGGCUGGAAAUGUGUUUACAAGUAUACCAUCCGAAAUUAGCGCUUUUAAAGCUUUAAAGCGUUUAAAUUUUAACCAGAAUGUGCUGAAGUCUAUACCUGAUGAAAUUGGAGACCUUUCGAAGCUUGAAUGUUUGUCUUUGAGUACAAACAAACUAACUCGUAUACCGGCGUCAAUAGCGCAGCUUUCUCAUUUAAAAGAAGUUUAUCUCAGUGAAAAUCGGAUUAGGGACUUCCCAGUGGUAUUUUGCAAAUUGAAACAGUUGGUUAUGCUUGAUUUAUCCAAGAACAGAAUCAUGCGAAUACCAGACGAAGUGCAAGACCUACAAGUGCUUGAACUUAAUCUGAAUCAAAAUCAGAUUUCAGAAGUGUCAGAAUCCAUCGCAAAGUGCCCACGUCUUAAAACUUUGAGACUCCAGGAGAACUGCCUACAAUUAAAUAGUAUACCUAAAGCAAUUCUGACCGAGUCCAAUAUAUCAAUGAUUGCUGUAGAAGGAAAUCUGUUUGAUAUGAAAAACUUUAUGGAACUAGAAGGAUAUGAUGUAUAUAUGGAACGUUACACAGCAGUAAAGAAAAAGAUGUUUUAAAACACGCUUUGUCAUCUUUCCCGUGACAGGGACCUGCACAUUAAAAAGAUAUAUUAAAUUUGACCUUUACAAUCAUUAUGAAAUGCGUGGAUAUGCGGCAACUGCUACAUACAUACUUACAUCCAACGAUUUUAUGCACAAGAAACUUGUACUAUAGCAGUGUGAUAUUUCAAGCUUAGAAGCAAGAAUUUAUAUGUCUUAUUGAACUUUGGACAUACAUUCCAAUUUGAAUAACUGUUGAAUAAUUGUUCUGUGGCAUUUUUCAUAGUUGGCAUGUGAGAUAUGCACAUAACAACCCACCAACUGAGUCAUCAGAGAUGUGUGUGUUAUAGAAUACAGCUUUUCUGUAUGUGCCUUGCAAUUUUUGUUAUUUAUAACGAAAAAUGUGUUAAAUAUGAAGUGAACUUAGGCUUUAUGCAACACUACAGGACAAACUGGUAUCACAACUAUCAUUUCUUAUUCACAUUCAUUGACUUUGCCAACAUUCAAUCAUUUUGUCACCUUCCAACUUAUCCUAGACCUUGUGAUAAGGCUGUCAUCACAAUGAAGACUUCAAGGAGGACACUGUCACACACUAACCAUUAUCGACACAUCACUGGAAAUGUUUCAUUGGCAAUAGUGGCUCAGAAAACCUUCUGUGCCACUGUUGAGCUUACAGUUUUCUGUUUUAUGGUAUUAUGAUCCUCCUGUGAUUUAAGUAGCAAAGUACUUAAGGUACAGGAUUUUCAUUUCCGUCCCAGUUCCUAUCCAUUCUGAACUUCAGAUCAUUCUCCAAUAACCUUAUUCUCAGUGGAAUUUUAUAUUAUAAAACGUCCUUUUUAUAAUUUUCAUUUUAUUUUUCCUCUUUGAUUUUGUGCUUUGUUGCAAACACUAUUUAAAUCACAAUACCAUAAUUACAAAUAGUUUGCAACUGUGUGUCUGAGACAGACAAGAUAGUUGCCAUCUUAUCUCAUGUUUGACAUUACCAUUUAUUCAGAAGAUUUUUUAUUCGUAUACUGUUCAUGUUAGCCUUAAAAUUUUAUUGGAAUCUCAAUUUUAUACAAAUGUGGACUGCAGUGUUUUUUAUGUUUACAUGAAAAUUGCUGUGGUUUUAAUAUGAAUGGUAAUUAUUUUUGACAGUUAUGUAAACUGACUCCUUCUCCCCCCAACAUAUAUGUUACACAAUGAGUCAUGAGCAUUAGAUUACCAGAAAUUUAAUUACAUCAGAGUAUUUUGAAUUGUUGGCAUGUAUGUUGACAGUACCUAGUAAAUUAAGGUAGGAGGGGCAUUACCAGUACUUUAUGUUACACUGAUGAAGUAAAAUUUAUAAAUAUGAAAAAGAAAACAAAACUUUGUAAUUUUGUUGUUGCAUUUCAAUAAUUUUAAUUCAAAAUGUAUUUACAUUUUUUUAAAGAAACUGUGCUCCUGCCAUAUGUAUAUAAUGUUGUUUGAAUUCUAUUGACUAUAUUUUAAAUUAUUACUAAUUACCUGUUGUUAAGGAUAUUGUGUAAUACAAUUUUCUUUUCUUUCUACUGCAGAUCAGAGUUCACUUUGCAGUAAACUUAGUUGUAACCCCCCCCCCCCCUCUCUCUCUCUCUCUCUCUCUCUCUCUCUCUCUCUCUCUCUCUCUCUCUGUGUGUGUGUGUGUGUGUGUGUGUGUGUGUGUGUGUGUGUGUGUUUGUGUGUUUUUGCAGUUGACACUGUUGGAGUACUGUACCUGUCAAAAAUUUUUAAUGGAAGAAAGUUGUAAAUAUCAGACUUAAAAUUAAGAGUGUAUAUGCAUUUUAAUUUUUGUAGGUAUUGGAAAAAUGGUGGCUGAUCAUGUUACCAGUACAGUGCAGACUGAUUUGUAAGUAGAGAAACACCUGUGGCACAUAACAGAGGAAUAACUGUAGUAAUAAUUUGCACAGUGCUCAUUGUUUAUUUAAAUUUUUCACAGUCAGAACAAAAAUUAUAAAGCCCUCUGUUGAGGUAUGCCAUAGGUGCUGGUGUGGUGGUUAAGCAUCUGGUAACAUUUUCUUGUCUGUGAUGUAGGAGUGAAAGUGAAUAAAAGAAAUACUGUUAUUACAUA